AUGGCGUUUAAACCCAAGAGGAAAGGCGGAACUGAGUCUCUGAGCUUCGUUGAGGAAGGGGUGCGAAGGUUCAAGACGCUCUUGCUGGACUCGAAGCGCAAAAGAACCCAGGCGUUCAGUUUCGGCUGCAUAGCGGUCGUGGUUGUGAUGAUAUAUCUGCUGAAGAGUCUUGUGAUGCAGAAGACCAUGAGCGACCUGCAACUGCCACCCACGCACGGCCACUACACGGACGAGAUCGUGUCGUUGCAGCCGCUGAUUUUCCCGCCCAUCGAACACGCGCCUCGUCUAAAACAAUUAAACCUUCGGAAACUGCACACGCUGCGCAUCGACGUAGACGGCAACAAAAAAUACGUGCUCAAGGAGAGUGACAAGUCCACGACCAGCAAAAAGCGCAAGGAAAUAACGGAUGAGUUUGAAAUUGUGAAACGCGACUAUCUAGACCAUGGCAAACGGGUUUUCUCCAAGGGAUCCGACUCGCCAGAAGUGGUAGUUGUCACGCUGGUGGAUUUCGACCAGCACGACACGGACACGCUCAUACGCGUGGUGCAAAACAGAGUGGAUUACGCCCAGAGACACCGUUACGGCGUUUACGUGCGCUGGGCCCAGGAAUUCAUCCCCACGAUCGACAACCAAGACAUGGCCGAGUCGUACGAGUUUCUGAAGCCUCUGAUGAUGCGUGCGGCCAUGCAUGCGUUUCCCAAAGCCAAGUAUUUCUGGUUCUUGGACCAGCACGCUUUGAUAAUGCGUAUGGAUUUAUCGCUACAAACGCAGCUGCUCGACCGCAAGAUCAUGAACCUGGCCGUUUUGAAAAACGUCCCAGUCGUCAAGGGCUCGAACAUUAAGACAUACAACCACCUCGUCUCGGAGCGCGCCGAGGUGAUCAUUCCACAGACGAACGACGGCAAACUGGACACGAAUUCUUUCAUCGUCAAAGCCGGCCUCUAUGGUAAAGCAUUCAUGGACUACCUGGGCGAUCCUCUUGUGCGCGACUACUCCUGGCCGUCUCUCUCUGCCAGCGUUGGCCAUGCCUUGCAGUGGCACCCAAAUUUUUUGGCCAAGUCCGCUCUCGUGGUGCCAAAAACUAUAGCCAGCGUCUACGAUCCCACGAAGCCAGCUACCGAAAAGGCCAGUAUAGAUGUUUUCCAUUACAUGCAAGGCGACUUUGUCGCGUUGUUCGACGGUUGUCAAGAGCGGAAGUCGUGUGCGAGCGAUUUGGCUCUGUUCUACUCACAAGUUCAAAAAUAA